AUUGUCGAUAAACACAAAAACCUGUAAUGUCACGUUAACCUGAAACAUCAAAAAGCCGUAAUAAUUAACAAUACGAAAUAAAUGUUGUAAUAAAUGCAGAAUUAAAAUAAUCAUGUCGUAUUCGGUGAAUAUAUCGGUGGAAGCACCCAUCGAAAACCAAAUACAAGAAAUAACUUACGAUGGGCAAGAAAUUUACCAAGCUCCAUUAACUUUAUCGGAAAGUUUAGCGAAAUAUGCCCAAAAAAUCGAUUUUAGUAAAUUAGCUGCUGAUUUAGAACCGAAAAAAGAACCUGUUGACUCAGAUGAGUCCAAAUCAGACAGUGAUAGUAAAGAUAGUUUUCAAGCAAAUUUAUGGCCAUGGGAUUCGGUUAGAAACAAAUUAAGAAGUGCCCUAACUGAAGUGUGUGUUUUAGCAGAUGUUUUGGCUAUUGCAAAAGAUAAGAGAUACAUGGUUUUGGAUCCUGUACAACAAGAACCUUUAGAUACCAAACCUAUCGUACAAAUGCAUGCAAGAAAAAAAGCUUUGGCUGGUGCAGCUAAUGUUCUUUUAACGGGGGCUGAAAGAUUGAAGAAUUCUCAAAGUGAAGCUGUUCAAAAUCGAUCUAAUUUCCAUUUCGAUCUGUUACGUUUAAGACAAAAUUGGAGACUGAAAAAAGUAUCUAACAGUAUUAUUGGAGAUCUAAGUUAUAGAACUGCAGGAUCAAAAUACUCACAAACUGGAACAUUUGAAGUUACUAAAGCUGAAGAUGAGGAAAAAAAUAAUAGCCCCCCAAACAGUCCUUUACCUGGGGCUCAACCCAGCAGCAAUAAAACUAAUUCAUCUUUAAGAGUUACAGUCCCAACUGAAUUACAGGGUGUUGCUUAUAUUCAAGUCAUAUGCAAAAAAGAUCAGGAAGAUUUAUGCAGCGCAAAUAUUAAUUUAUUACCUUCUAGUGCUUAUACUUCAGUUACAGAUGUUCAUUGGCAACAAAAAUUGGAAUCAGCUCAAAAUGUAUUGUUUUGUAAAGAAUUGUUUAAUCAAUUAGCUAAAGAAGCUGUUCAAUUACAAGCUCCAAUCCCACAUAUGGUUGUUGGAAACCAAAUCAUGGCCACUGUAUUGCCUGGAAUUCAGCUGAUAAUUUCUUUAUAUCACUCGACGAGUGGUGAAAAGAAAUCAUCAGCUCCAGCACCAGCCAAAACAGAACACGAUCACGUUUUGGAACAUUCCCUUCAUCAACUUUUAAGAGAAGUUCACCAUAAAAACACUCAUCAUCCAUUUCCACAUCCUGCAAGUGGCCCAUUGGGGCCAUCUAAAAAACGUAGCCUCGCAGGACCACAUGCGAUGGAUAGACAUGAAUUGGUUGAGAUGACGAAAUCGGAAACUCUUUUAGAACAAAUUAUCAAGCAAGCACAACAUUUCUUUUUAAGAAAUCGUACAAGUUACGUUUUAGAUACCAUUGCAAAAGAAGUGAAGGAUCCCCUCAUAUGUUCUCAUUGGAAUACUUUAAAUAGUCCAACUCAAUCAUGUGUUAAAAUAAAUAUAACAACUCAUGGUUAUGAUGUUGUUUAUCGAACCCCUUUGGUUAUACAUAUUGCUGAAAAAACAUUAAAAUGUAUUUGUAGAGAUGGAAAAGUUAUGCAUAUGAGUUAUGAACCUCAGGAAUUAAGAGAUUUAAUUUUUUGCCAUAUCAAUCAACAUCAAAUACAUUCUGUACAAAGUUUAGCGAAAAUUAUGGGGUGGACUGGGUUAGCUAAUUCAGCCCAUUUAGGUACUGGUGCUGUCGAAUUACUUGGAAAUGCAAGUUCUUGUUUGUUAGCUUCACCCAAUGGAGAUAGAUUAAUUGCUGUACGAUGUGAACCGCAAGCUGGUGUUCAAGUUUCCGUUGCUCAUUCACCGCGAGCAGAUUUCUUUCCUAGCAGAUUGGUAACUGAACGAAAAUGGGAACACUUGGGGGGACAAUUUCGGGAGGUUCGAAUGGAUAAAAUGGAAGGAAGAAAUUUUUUGCAUAAAAUGGAAUUAUUAAUGGCUAGUUUAACUAGUAAUUCUUAGCUGUAGGAUUCAUAAUACAAAUUUAUACGUGUUUUAAGAUUUAAGAUUGUACUAAAAGAAAUAAUUAAGUGUUUAAAAUUU